GGGUACGACCGAGAGCACAACCCUCGGAGGAAAGAAGGGGGAAAAAAAGGAAAACAGCACAUCGGUCUAUUUUCUGCUCGUCUUAUGACACCGUUGGUCGUCCUCGGUUACUCAGAGCCAUAAAAGUGACCGAAAAAAUCAGCGGAUAAAUACAGUUUAAAAGCGUAAAGCUCAGCAUGUCCAGGCGCAAACUCGGCAGCAGACCACAACACCUGAGCGUCAUCCAAGAUGCCCCAGAGGCCACUGUGACCCCCAGCUCCUCCCCCUCUCCGGACCACGCAGGUCUGCCCACAGUCGGUGGUAGUGACCUGUUGACCUGUGGCCAGUGUGGCCAGGCUUUUCCCUUGGCCCACAUUCUCACCUUCAUCCAGCACAAACAGGGAGGAUGCAGCAGUGUCAGGACGGGUCCAGUAAGCCACACCCCUCAGUCUCCAGCCAAUCGCACGCUCCGAUGCAGCCCAGGCUCGCAGGUGGAGGCGGGCUACGUGGAGCUGACGAGGGUGACGGACAGGCGGUGGGAGGAAGAGCCAGGUGUGAAGGCGGAGGCUAAUCGAGCAGAUGAGCCAUCCAGUUUCACCUGCCAGGUAUGUGAACGUGUGUUGCCCACCGCAUGGGCUCUCCUCCAGCAUGCCCAGCACAAGCAUUCCCUGAACCUCUAUCAAGUGGAGAGCAGUCAUGCCCCGAAUGUCUCAAAACCAACAGCUACAAUGGAUAUUCGUCACUUGGGUGCCACUCUGGCCUCUGCCUUCAAUUCCACUUCAAAACGGUUACCUCGUUCCAAUCAGCCUGCCCGCCCCCAUCAGCCCUCUGCACCUUCUCCGGCGGGGCCGGACCUGCAGGGCCUGAACUUCUCCUUGUGUCUACAGCGGCUGGCGGAGGUCAGCUGCAGUAGUGGAGGGGUCGUUCCCUCCCCGUCGCAAUCUCCCCCUGCGGCUUCACCUUUCCCUCAUUCCACACCCUCUCUCCUGGGGACCUUCUCCUGUGAGGUUUGUGGCCAAAGCUUCCAGUCUCUCCGCAGCCUGUCUGCUCAUCGCCGUACGCAUGCCUGCGAGAGGCCUUACCACUGUGGCAUGUGCCAGCUCACUUUCUCACAGAGUGGUGAACUGGCGCGCCAUAUGAGGAGCCACCGGCGAGCCCCCACUAUGGACGAGGUCGAAAACGGGCAGACCUCGUUAUCCCAGGCGCCUGGAGAUGGUUCCACUGCUAGUUUGGGGAAUCACGGGGCUGAGCUUGAUCUCAGCAAGUAUCCAGCAGCAGGUACAAGCUUAAUGCUGCUGUCUUCUCAGUCUGGAGCUGCUGGCCGUGGCUUGCCAAGGUUCUACCAGCCUCAGGUGGAAGCCGGACAGGAUGAAGAAGUACAGGGUGAGCCCCAGCAACCUUCGCCUUAUUCUAGUCCAUCUGAGGGCUCCCUGGAGAGUGGAGAGACUGGCGGCAGCGGAGAGAGCGGCAUUGCCAGUGGCAACUGCACCCCAAAGCGGCCAGAACGUGAGAACGAGAGAGAAGUGGAGGCGGAAGCAGUAGACCUGGUCCAGGAGUGGCAACAGGACCACGAGAGAAGGCAGGUCAGCAGUGGAGCAGGCAGAAAGAAAAGAGAAGAAGCCUGUGAGUUUUGUGGAAAGAGGUUUCGCAACAGUAGCAACCUGACGGUGCACCGGCGGAGCCACACUGGAGAAAGGCCAUACCGGUGCGGCCUUUGCAGCUACGCCUGCGCCCAGAGCAGCAAACUCACCCGCCACAUGAAAACACAUGGUGCCCGUGGCUCCAGAGCGCCUUUUCAGUGCCAGCUGUGCUCUGUGCCCUUCACUGUGUAUGCCACGCUGGAGAAGCACCUGAAGAAAGUACAUGGAGUUAACCAGGCCACUGCUGGGGUUUAUAGCCACAGUCCUCCAGUUAACUACGCCAACCUCACCGUCAAACUAGAAGACGAUCCUGCCAGCAAUCACUCAGAAGCUCCAGUCCAAGGCCUCACAGAGGCAAACAUGGACAUGUAUGAGAAUCUGAAAGAGGAAGACUCCGAAAUGAGGCUUGACAGUGCUGCAUCACCCACUCCUGAGGACUGCAGUGGAAAGGCAGAUUUGAGCCUGGCUCCGAACACUGCCUGAGCUAAGACGAAUCUCCAUAAGGCUGCUUGGAUCUGAUUCUACUUGGCAAUCAAUAUCUGAGCUCCACCAGACUGAAAGAUAGGGGCCAUGCUAAAUGAUCAAAUAUUCUAUAUUUGAAUGAAAAACCAAGUGCCUGCACAUUAACUACUGUGAUCAUUCUUGUACGGAUUUGAGGACUGAGACUUAUGUCAGUGCUUUUAUGUCUCGUGUUACAGUUCUGCUGUGGGACUGUGAAGGCUUAUGAGCCUGAGGACAUGGGACAGAGUCACAUGACCAUUCAUAGAUACAGGCAUGGAUGCCAGGCAACCAUCCUGGAAUAUCAUCGACUAGGGAUGAACAAGAGCACCUGCAAUGGACGUGAUUCUUGGUGGUAUUCAGAAUGAGAUUCUACCUCCCAAGGGGGAGAUCUUCUGUCACUCUACAUGAGACCCAUCAGCGGUUCAUCAUUUGUAAAGAGUUCUUCAGUUCUUCUUGAGUUGUUGGAAGAAAUCAUACAGAUAGUAAAGGAGUGCAUGGAUAUCUGCCAUGCAAGGAGGUUUGCGUAAUGCUUCCUUUCUUCAAAAUCUCUCACAGGGUUGUACAACUAUGAAUUUUUGAGA